CCAGCUGCGACCAUCUCCAUCGAUUGAGCACGCACGUACGGAGUGCCAGUCUUCGCUUCCAGCAAUGGCGGCCUACCUCCCCCUCGCCAUCGUCCUCGUGUCCCUCCUCGCCGCCACCGGCGCCAGCGCCCACGGCUAUAGCCAGACCCCCUCGCCGGCACCGGCUGCCAAGUGCGACAAGGUGAUGCUGAAGGUGGAGGGCGUGGUGUACUGCCAGAGCUGCACACACCAGAACUCCUGGUGCCUGGACGGCGCGACGCCGCUGCCGGGGGCGAAGGUGAUGGUCACCUGCCGCGACGCCAAGAACCGCGUCAUGGUGUCGCGGACGCCCGUCGCCGACGGCAAGGGCUACUUCCUCGCCGAGUUCGACGUCGCCGAGAAGGCUGACUACUACAUGGGGGACCCCGCUAAGGCCUGCUUCGUGCGCCUGCUCGCGUCACCGGACCGCAAGUGCGACGACCUCACCAACGUCAACUACGGCAUCGAGGGUGCGCCGCUCCGCCACGAGGGCAAGCGGUGGUCCGGCGAGGGGUACGAGAACGUCGUGUACGCCGCCGGCCCGCUCUCCUUCAAGCCGGACACCUGCGCGCCAAGGCGCCACUACUGAUGAUUAAAUUUGAAUUUCAAUUUCGAUGUACGCAUAUAUGUAGGCGCGCGUGCGCAAGCUAGGUGCACGAGCACCGGAAAAAGUCACUCGUAGAGGUUUGACCUUUCAAAUUAAAAUCUGAACAAUUGCAUCUUGAACUA